AUGGCCUCAGAGGCUAUAGAGUGCCAGGAUGUGGUGCUGAGGGUGUCCAUUCACUGCCAAGGAUGCAAGAAGAAGGUGAAGAAAGUGCUCCAGAACAUCAGUGGCGUGUACCGAUGCGAAAUCGAUGCCCGGAGCAACAAGGUCGUGGCGACGGUCUCGACGAAGCUCGACCCCUACAUGCUCGUCGCCAAGCUGCGCAAGUCCGGCAAGCAGGCGGAGCUAUGGCCGGAGCAGCCGCCACCACCACCACCAGCAGCUGAGAGCCAAACGCAGGAGCCCAAGAACAACCAGCCUGACGAGACGAGCAAACCUGCCGAGAAGCGCGGCGCCGACACGGCCGCCGCCGCCGCGGCAGAGCCGAGCAACCCUCCGGAACCCAAGCAGAGCACCAGCGAGGCCCCGAAUCCGGCUCCGGACAGCAAAGAAAAUGCCAGCGCCGACGACGCCGUCGAUGACACCGCGGCGGCACCGGCGCAGCAUGGACCCAGCGAGGCGAAGGGGAAAGCGAAAGCGAUGCAGCAGCCGGUGGACGCCAGAGUGACUGUAGAGUACGACCGAGGCGUCCCGGGCUACGUGAACCGCAUGCCGGUGCCGCCGCCGGCAGUCAUGAGCUACAACCAGGUGCGGCCGAGCGUGAGCGCGUCCUACUACGCCCCGGCACCAGCGCCGGCGCCGGCGCCGGCGCCGAUGCCGAUGGCGAGGCCGGGGCCGUCGCAGGGUUACAUCGACGAGCACUACACGCCGUCCUACUACAACAACAACUACAACCGGUCGCCGGCGUACGAGCCCGAGCCGUACUACUACAGCCCUCCGCAGCCGGCGCCGUACAGCUACCAGUACCAGUACCAGCCGGCUUCUUCGUCGGAAGACUACUACUACAGCGCGCCGCCGCCGCAGAGGAGCGCCUUCUCGCCGCCGCGGGACGGCUACGGCGACAUGUUCAACGACGAGAGCGCCAAUUCUUGCACGGUCAUGUGA